AGCUCUUUUGUUCUAAGAUGUUGUCUUUUCCAAGGGCUAGAUGAAAACAGACCUGACACAUUUCAAAUUACAGAAACAGUUCAACCUGACUGGCUGUCUGUGGAGCACCUACCUGUUUGGAAGUUGUAAUCUUAAUGCCCCACAUUAUUUGCAUAAAAAAAGGAGGAGGCAGGCGGUGGGAAUGUUUCCUGUUUGCCUCAGAACAGGUUUGACUUGUGGUGAGAAGCAGUUCCAAAGAAAAGAGACAACAGACACUUUAAUUCUGAGCCAAAAUGGACUCUUUCAAAGGCCCUUGCCCUCAUCACAGUGUUCCUGUUGAGGUAGAUGAGAGCAUGACAUCCUCCACUCUGGACUUGGCUUGGCCUUCCUCUUGCAAACAGUGUAGUGAACAUACAGACACCAACCAAAGGCCACAGGGCCAUGACUAUGAACCACCUGGGGAGGCAAUACAUGGUGUUGGCCAGUGGAGACCCCCUGAGAGCCAGUACCAGCAUGAGUCCAGAGCUGCCUGUCAUGCUGCUCCAGAACAUCAUUUUAUACCCUCAGCACACUCAGGACAGAUGAACCCCCCCCACCCUGCAGGUGUUUGGUGUCAUGGCUUCAGAGAUCAGGCAGCACUGUAUGAACUGGACUUCAUGGCUAAUCACAGCAGAAGCUUUGCAGGCCCUUCAUACUGGUCCCAGGACAGCCCUGUGAGAGAAACAGAAUGCUUGGAGCUCCCACUCCCACUCCAGUCUGACAUUAGCUACACCUACUAUGCCCCAUCACAAUACCCAGCAGCCGGUAUACCUGCUCAGUGCCCCAAUCCAAAACAGGGGGGGUUUCUCAGACAGUGUGCAUGCUGCCCUCCAGCAAAUCUGCCCCGUCACAAUUAUAAUUAUUGUCGCUAUCGGCAUGAUUAUCAGCAGGGGUCUCAGCAUCACCAGCAGAGUCCCCCCCAAAACAGGCAGCAACUUGAAGAUGCUCCAACUGCCUCCCAUGGAUCUGUGCCUCAGUGUGUGGAGCCUCCUAAAAAUGUGAUGCAUGAGGUCAGUGUGGACCGCCCCUUCCCUGCUGGUCCUAGACCUACCACAAGGGAGAUCAAGAAGAUCAUCAAUUUAACUGAGGAGUGUAGGAAAGUUUUCAUCACAUAUUCAGCAGAUACCGCUGAAGAUGUUUUUCAUUUCACCAGUUUUCUGGCUCAUCAGGGAUUCAGACCAGCAAUUGACAUGUUUGAUAAUCCAGUCCGAAGCAUGGACAUCAUCAAAUGGAUGGACACAUUUUUGAAUGAUAAAUCAGUGCUCAUCAUUGUGGUUAUCAGCCCCAAGUACAAGGAGGACGUGGAGGGAGCUGGAAAUGAUGAGCAUGGCCUCCACACUAAGUACAUUCACAAUCGGAUCCAAAAUGAGUUCAUCCAGCAAGGCUGUCUGAACUUCAGGCUGAUACCUGUACUGUUUCCUAAUGCUACUAAGAGACAUGUCCCCAGCUGGCUCCAGAGCACCAUCAUCUACCGCUGGCCCCGUGACCGCCAGAACCUGCUGCUGCGCCUGCUCAGGGAGGAGCGCUACAUCAUUCCUCAAGCGGGGUGUGGCCUGACCCUCACUAUUCGCCCCCUCUCAGAAAAACUACAAAAUGAGAGAUGUGGAAAAUAAGCAAUCUGAAAGACAGGGUUUAUCUUGUGUAGGCAUGACUUUCCUUGAUGACAGCGGUUAUUACUGAAUCAGAUGUAGGUUUGUUCUGUUGAUUCACACUUUAUUUAAAUAGUGCUGCUAAUCUAACUGCAUGCUAUGAAUACAAUUCAAUCUUCUUCCUUGAUAAUGGUAUUUGAAAUGAGAACAACACAGAACAUUGUCAUUAAUAACACAUUCUGUGCACUGUACUGCCUGGAGUAUGCAUAGCAAUAUAACAAUUUAACAGUUUUUUGUAGUUAUAGAGGAAUUAUGAACUGAUACAUACAAAAAGAUGCUACAAAUUGGUUUUUAAAUGUGUUGUGAUGGCUCUGAUUGGGCAGUUGUAACAUAUAGUCAGGAGACGUACAAGCUUAUUUUGAACAUAAAAAUAUAUCUGGCUAAAUGCUCCACAAUGUUCACAAGCUGUUCAUCACUCACUUUGUCUGAUGGCAGUUGGAAACAUGAGCAAUGAAAUCAAGAUCUGUUGGACAGAAACAACAAGCUAAAAAAGGUUAAAAAGCUUUGUACAAGCAAGUGCAACUGCAGAGUUGGAUAAUAAUUUCCUGUGGGUUUAUCAAUGCAACCAACCUCUUUCACAUUACAAAUAGUUAUUUUAUGCAAUGUUAAUACAAGACUAUUAAUUAGUGCAACGUUGAAGAGAACCAUCUUUAAAUUAAUGUAGUCGCAACAUAGAAACUGAAUGUUUUGUAUUUAGUAAUUUAGUUUUAAAUUAACUUUUGAAAAAGCA